GACUCAGCCGGCCGCGCUCUUCACCCCGCCCUCUCCUCCUCCUCCCCUUCCUCCCACCGCCCCUCCUCCCGGGGUAAGGCCGAAACUCUAUAAGUGCCAUCGUCCGGGCGCGCAGCGAGCGGCGGGCGGCGCGGGGCCGGGCAGGGCUGGGGCGGCACAGAGUCGGGCGGAGGCUGAGCCCUUCCCGCAGCGCGACCCCUCUACGCGUGCCGCUGCCCUCCGCGUCCCGCGCUCGCCCGACAAUAUGUCCACGGCCCUGGUGUCGCCCACCAUCUUCGACCUGAGCGAAGUUUUAUGCAAGAGCAGCAAGAUGCUGAACUACAGCCCCGCGGGGGUCGGCGGGUGCCUGCUGGACAGGAAGGCGGUGGGCACCCCGGCCGGCGGCGGCUUCCCUAGGAGGCACUCGGUGACGCUGCCCAACGCCAAGUUCCACCAGAGCCAGCUCCUCGGCGGCCUCAAAGGAGAGCCCGCGCCCGCGCUCGGCCCCCGGGAGAGCCGCUUUCGGGACCGCUCCUUCUCGGAGGGCGGCGAGCGGCUGCUGCAGCAGAAGCAGCCCGGGGGCCAAGUGAACUCCAGCCGCUACAAGACGGAGCUGUGCCGCCCCUUCGAGGAGAACGGCGCCUGCAAGUACGGCGACAAGUGCCAGUUCGCCCACGGCAUCCACGAGCUGCGCAGCCUCACCCGCCACCCCAAGUACAAGACCGAGCUCUGCCGCACCUUCCACACCAUCGGCUUCUGCCCCUACGGGCCGCGCUGCCACUUCAUCCACAACGCCGAGGAGCGGCGCGCGGUGGCGGGCAGCCGGGAGCCCCCCGCCGCCGACAGACCCCGCCUGCAGCACAGCUUCAGCUUCGCCGGCUUCCCCAGCGCCGCCGCCCCCGGGCUGCUGGACAGCCCCACCUCCGUCACCCCGCCGCCCAUGCUGAGCGCCGACGACCUGCUGGGCUCCCCCACGCUGCCCGACUGCGCCAGCAACCCCUUCACCUUCUCCAGCCAGGAGCUGGUCAGCCUCUUCGCCCCCAGCGUGGGGGUGCCGGUGCCCGGCGGGAGCUCCCCCACCGCCUUCCUGUUCAGGCCCAUGUCCGAGUCUCCCCACAUGUUCGACUCGCCGCCCAGCCCUCAGGACUCGCUCUCUGACCAGGAGGGCUAUCUGAGCAGCUCCAGCAGCAGCCACAGCGGCUCCGACUCGCCCAUCCUGGACACCUCCAGGCGCCUGCCCAUCUUCAGCAGACUCUCCAUCUCCGACGACUAAGCGGGUUCCUCCCGCUCCCCCCUCGGUGGCGAUGUUAAGCUGACCCCCCGCCUUCCCCCACCCCCCCCAGCUGGAUGUUAACGCGUCCGCCUGCCUGUCGCGCACCCAUCGGCUCCAACCUUAAGUGCCAAAUUACGACGAGAAGCAAUAACGUUUACAAAAUUAGUGCCUUGUAACACUUUCACUGUGACUCUAUUACCUCUCCGGCUGCAGAGGGCACCGCAGCUCUGCGCGCUUCCAGAUGUGCGGGACGUGCCCGCGCCCGGCUCCCCCCGCUGGCCGCCUCCUGCACCGCCCCCCGGCCCCCCGGCUGCAGGCACGUGGCAGCGUUAACAUCCAGCCCCUCGCCUCGCCCCUCCGCCUGCCUGCGGGGAGGGCGAGCUGAGAACAGAGUGGUUGUGACACGAGCGGGACUUCGGCUGGGAGGACAACGAGCGAGAAAGAUGGCAGAAAGCAAAAGAGGUGGACUGUGCUGGGAGAGACUCGAUUUUGGUGCUAAAAGUUCCUCGUGUAUUCGUGUGACAUCUUAACAACAAAUAAAGAAACGGAGGGGGUGGGGCGGACGGAAGUCAUUCCACACAUACACACGUUCGUGUAAACAAAGUUCCAGUAGACAUAGCUUUAAUGGUUUUGCUCUAGAGUACCUUAGACCUAUCUUAGAGCACUCACGCCGAGCUUUUAUUAUUAUUUUUUUUUUCUGGGUUUUUAAUUUUGUAUAACUUCAGAAAUUGGAGAGCAAAUUUUGCUUGUCACUGCACAACAAUAUAAAAAAGCUUAUUUAACUUAUCAAAACGUAUUUAUUGCCGAAACCUAUGCUUUUUUGUUAAUUUUGUUCAUAUUUAUCGGGAUGAUGAAUCCAUAGAAUAUAUUCUUUUAUGUUUAAAUUAUGAUCUUCCAUAUUAAUCUUAAGAUUGUGAAGUGUCUUUUCCUUUUUUUUUUUCCCCACAGUUUAAUAUAUUAUACUACAAUGACAUUUUUUGUAACUUUACACUUUUUUUUGUUAUUUUAUUUUAAAAAAUGAAAAAUUAAUUUAAAAAAAAUGCAAAAAACUGUGUUUGGAUUAUUUAUUUUAGAAUUUCCCCCCCUCCUUUUUUUUUUUUUUUUUUUGUGUUGGACUGCAAAUUGAGUUAAUGUGCUUCUUUGCCUUUCCUUUCUUCCUCCUCUUCCCCUGCCCUGGGUCUUGCCAAGUGGGCUACAGAAUGUACAUAUGUGAGCUCUGUGCGAGGCAGUGUGGACGGAAGACCUUUUUCUUCCUCUUUUUGUAUAGAUUCAAGGAGAAAAGCCUUGAGCUCCAAGUGCCUAUCUGAAGACAUUCCAAAUACAGUUUGUCUUUGCGUUUCUGUAUCCAAGUUUGGAGUUUUCCUUGCCGAGGUGAACGGGACUGGCACAAAGAGAAUAAUGAAUGUAAUUUUUUCCCCCCUGUUACUGUUCACUACAUUGCUUUCUCUUCCUCUUUGUGUGAGUUUAUUUAAAAGAGAAUCUCUUUUGUAACGACUGUUUGCAGUUUAAAUCAAUAAACCCCAAGUUUUUUCAAGAAA